UACCGCCCGAGCAUCGAAGCCGCUUCAUUAGCCCUCGCCGAGUGCAGUCGCUGCUGUGAUCCGGAGCAUAAUUUUUGCACCUAUUUUUCACCCGUGAGUGUGUGUUUGUGUCUCUCUCUGUGUAUGUGUUGCGCUUCCGUUCUUUACCCUCAUUCAACAUUUACGCUCGAGCGGAAAUCAAGCGCUUCCCAAACGGCUCGUCCCCAAUCGGCCCCGUCGCGUGUGUGUAGGCUCUUCCCGUCCGAAACGACCGAUGUCGGACGAUGUUGCAUUGAUAGGAUCGCGAGCAAAGCAGCAGUGCAGUGCAAAGGUGGACAAUAUCAAUCGUAGUUAAGGAAGAGGGUAGCCGUUAGCAACGCGCAAAAACCGCACGCCAAAAGGACGCUUCAUCUUCAACCCCAUCGCACACCCCCUCGGUAUCCACGAGUGUGUAAAAACACUGUGGUCGUCGGUGUAAAGAGAAGGAAAAAAUCCCAGCGAGGAAGAGAGGGCGACCGCAAACAGAAUCAUCAUCUCCGCGCACCCCCAGACACCUCCGUCUCCGUCACGGACGCACCCGGUUUGGCUUAAUGUCUAGUGGUGAGUUUCGUGACAGCUUGGUCGAUCCCCCAGCCGCCAAAAAGCGGAAGCUGCCAUCGCCGACGCCGUCGCUGACACAGCCGCCCGAGCACGAGCAGCAGCCGUCGCAGCCGCCGCAUUCGUCAUCGCCCGCGAUUGAGCGCUCUGCACCAUCGUCGGCCGCAGCCGCUGCAGUAGUAGUAAUGGCGACGUCCAAUAACAAUGGCUCCGCUCCCGUGCCGUCCGUGGAGAACAACAGCGCCGGGGGAGGUGGCGGCGGCGGCGGUGCCCAGGAAAUCGACGAGGGGCUGUACUCGCGCCAGCUGUACGUGCUCGGCCACGACGCGAUGCGCCGGAUGGCCCGGUCGGACGUGCUGAUUUCCGGGCUCGGCGGGCUCGGCGUGGAGGUGGCGAAGAACGUGAUCCUGGGCGGCGUGAAAUCUGUCACGCUGCAUGACACGGCAGUCUGCACGGUCGGCGACCUGUCGUCCCAGUUCUAUCUGACCGCGGAGGAUGUGGCGGGCGGGCGCAACCGGGCCGAGGCGAGCUGCCAGCAGCUGUCCGAGCUGAACCACUACGUCCCGACCGUCGCCUACACGGGCGAGCUGACCGAGGAGUUUCUGCAGAAGUUCCGGGUGGUGGUGCUGACGCUGGCCCCGCCCGCCGAGCAGCGCCGUGUGGCGGAGAUUACGCACCGCCACAACAUUGCGCUGAUCGUGGCGGAUACGCGCGGCCUGUUCGCCCAGGUGUUCUGCGACUUUGGCGUCGACUUCACCGUGUACGACCAGAAUGGGGCCAACCCGAGCUCGGCCAUGGUGGCCAGCAUUACGAACGACGCGGAAAGUCUCGUUACGUGCGUGGACGAGACGCGCCACGGGUUCGAGGAUGGCGAUUAUGUUACCUUCACCGAGGUGCAAGGAAUGACGGAGCUGAACGGUUGCGCACCAAUGAAGAUCAAGGUGCUGGGACCGUACACGUUCAGCAUCGGCGAUACGAGCAAGCUGAGCCCGUACCUGCGCGGCGGCAUCGCGACCCAGGUGAAGAUGUCGAAGCAGAUGAGCUUCAAGUCGCUGGCGGAGGCGGAGAAUGCGCCCGAGUUCAUCAUGACCGAUUUUGCGAAGUGGGACCAUCCGGCCAACACGCAGAUCGCGUUCACCGUGCUCGGCCGCUACCAGGAGCAGCACGGCCGGCUGCCGCGCCCCUGGAACGUGGAGGAUGCGGCCGAGUUCGUGGAGAUGUGCCGCAAGCGCGCCAAGGAGAUGGGGGUCGAGGAGCUGAACGAAGCGAUGCUGACCAAGUUCGCCAAGGUGUGCGCCGGCGACCUGUGCCCGAUGAACGGUGCGAUCGGUGGCAUUACGGCGCAGGAGGUGAUGAAGGCCUGCACGGGCAAGUUCACCCCGAUCAAUCAGUACUUGUGCUACGAUGCGCUGGAGUGUCUGCAGGAGGCGGACCUCACGGAGGAGGAGUGUGCUCCGACCGGGUCGCGCUACGAUGGGCAGAUUGCCGUGUUCGGGCGCAAGUUCCAGGACGUGCUGGGUCAGCUGAAGUACUUCAUCGUCGGCGCCGGUGCGAUCGGCUGCGAGCUGCUGAAGAACUUUGCGAUGAUUGGCGUCGCGUCCAAGGGCGACGGUGAAAUCAUCGUCACCGAUAUGGAUCUGAUCGAGAAGAGCAACCUGAACCGGCAGUUCCUGUUCCGGCCGCACGAUGUGCAGCAGCCGAAGUCGCGCGUCGCCGCCCAGGCCGUGAAGCGCAUGAACGGCGACAUUAAGGUGACGUCGCACGAGAACCGCGUCGGGCCGGAAACGGAGCGCUUCUACGACGACACGUUCUUCAACCGCUUGGACGGCGUGGCGAACGCGCUGGACAACAUCGAUGCGCGUAUCUACAUGGAUCGGCGCUGCGUGUACUACCGCAAGCCGCUGCUCGAGUCGGGAACGCUCGGCACGCUCGGCAAUAUUCAGGUGGUUGUACCAUUUUUGACCGAAUCGUACAGCUCGUCCCAGGAUCCGCCGGAGAAGUCGAUCCCGAUCUGCACGCUGAAGAACUUCCCGAACGCGAUCGAGCACACGCUGCAGUGGGCUCGGGACACGUUCGAGGGCAUCUUUAAGCAGGUGGCCGAAAAUGCGGCCCAGUACAUCUCCGAUCCGACGUUUAUCGAGCGCACGCUCAAGCUGCCCGGCGUGCAGCCCCUCGAGGCACUGGAAUCAGUCAAGAAAGCGCUGAUCGACGACAGGCCGAAAUCGAUCGAGGAUUGCGUGAAAUGGGCCCGCAUGUACUUCGAGGAGCAGUACUCGAACCAGAUCCGCCAGCUGCUAUUUAACUUCCCGCCCGACCAGAUGAGCUCCACCGGCCAACCGUUCUGGUCCGGCCCGAAGCGUCUGCCGGAAGCGAUCACGUUCGAUCCGGAGGAGCCGCUGCACCUGGACUACAUCUUUGCGACCGCCAACCUGAAGGCGGAAGUGUACGGCAUUCCCCAGCAGCGCAACCGGGAUGCGAUUCGUAAGAUUGUGAUGACCAUUGAGGUGCCGAAGUUUACGCCACGCUCGGGCGUUAAAAUUGCCGUCACAGACUCAGCCCUGCAGGCGGAGGAGAACGGCGGCGGCGGCGGUGGUGGCGGCGCCGGCGGCGAAGAUCUCGAUCCCGAUCGCAUCGGCCGGUUGCAGAGCGAGCUGGCCGCGCUCGGCAAGCCCGACUUCACCAUCACACCGCUCGAGUUCGAAAAGGACGACGACAACAAUCUGCACAUGGACUUUAUCGUCGCUGCGUCCAACCUGCGCGCGGCCAACUACAAAAUCCCGCCGGCCGACCGUCACAAGUCGAAGCUGAUUGCGGGCAAAAUCAUGCCGGCCAUUGCCACCACCACGUCGCUCGUGGCCGGGUGCGCUUCGCUCGAGCUUUACAAGCUGGCACAAGGCUUCAACACGCUGGAGCGCUUCAAGAACGGCUUCCUGAACCUGGCCCUGCCGUUCUUCACCUUCUCCGAGCCGAUCCAGGCGAAAAAGGCAACCUACUACGACAAGGAGUGGACGCUGUGGGACCGGUUCGAGGUGAAGGGCGAGCUGACGCUGCAGGAGUUCCUCGACUACUUCGAGCGGGAGCACAAGCUGAAGAUCACGAUGCUGUCGCAGGGCGUCUGCAUGCUGUACGCGUUCUUCAUGACGAAGCAGAAGCAGCAGGAGCGCCUGAACCUGCCGAUGUCCGAGGUCGUGCGGAAGGUGUCGAAGAAGAGCAUCGAGCCGCACGUCCGUGCGCUCGUGUUCGAGAUCUGCUGCAACGACGAGGAGGGCGAGGACGUGGAGGUGCCGUACGUGCGCUACGUGUUGCCUUGAAUAGCUUAAGUGGUGGCGGAGGCGCUAGAAGAAGGGGGCUGCGGUGGUGUGGGGGAAGUUUCGAGUACGGAUUAAUGUUUGUCGAUACUGAAGAGAAAUGAAGGGCACGGAAGAGGAAGAUAGGAGAUAGAGAGAGAGAGAGAGAGAUUAGAAGUAAAAGGGAAAAUGCAACAAUGAAUAGCUGAACACGUGAAUUAGGUAGAAAAGCAAGGGUUUGUACUGUCGUAAGCACAGAGAGCGUUGCACACCGAGCAAAUUGCGCAAAGUGACGAACUUUUAACAGGCUUGAGCGUGCAUAAAACAAUCGACGAGUGCAGUUUGUGCGCAUUUUUCACCCAUCCCUUCGAUGAAGAUCAAGCGGUUUGUGUCGAGUGGCCACCACCCAACCCAUGAUGGAAAGGCAACGCGUGUGGUGGUCGCCCUUGACCUCUAAAUUCCCUCUUUUUCUCUCUCUCUUGCGGUGCCGUGUGUGGUAUCACUUAGUAUUUAUUGUUCAUUAAUAUUCCUACGCCCCACUUUUCCCUCUCUGGCCCAAGCGGGGAGAGGAGUCGUUGGCAUCGCGAUUCGAGCCCGAUCUCGAGCAGAAAGGAAGAGCCGCGUGCGGGCGGACGGUAUGAAAUGGGAUUAGAGAAAAGGGUGGAAGUAAAAUUGAACCCUUCCCCCUUUUUUUUGGAGACAAGCUACGUCGUGUCGAGGAAGAAGAGAGAUAGCCGAAUGAGAGCAGCGGAACGAUAAUAAAAGCAUAGCUUUUUUUUUAAACAAAUAAUGUUUUUUUACCGUACUAGAUGUGUUUCUUCCGCGCAUUGAAGAAGGAAAAGACGCAGAGUCAGUACAUAAAAUGAGUGGAGUUAGAAAGAGAGAAUAGAGAGAGAGGGAUAGAAGAGAACGUGGAUUGUAAUUAGGAAGCGAGUUUUCGUUCGCGCGAGAGCGGUCAAAGUUUGUGUGGGUGCGUGUCGCGUCCAUCGCCGGUAAAUCGGCACAGCAACAUAAGAACAGGUAGCUAAUAAAUUAGAACCGUCUUAGUACAGGGAAGGUGGCGACCUCUGUUGUUCGUGGCCGUAAGGUGUAGGGCGCAGUGGGUGUGGUGUGGUGCGAAUGAUUUCGAUUUUUGUACUAUAAACGUCCUCGAUGCGAUUGAUUAAAUUGCUUUAUCGCGAUUUUAAUGCUUUCUCCCCGUGAAGGAUGGUUCUGGAAGAAUGCUGCCCACACACGCACACACGCGCGCGCGCACCGCUACAAUUGAAUCAAAUAACGUUGAACCAGCAUAUGAGCAUACGAGUUGGAGUAAAAUAAAGAAAAGGAACAUGGUGUAACAGAAUAGCAGACAAGAGCAGGUAGGUUGUUUAGUAGUAGUGAGUUUUGUUGCCUCUUGUCCCGUUGCAUUGAGAUAGAGGACAUGAGGCGCUUACAGGCGGCUGGUUGGCCCAUCGCGGACACUUCAGGACCCGUAAACCCGAAAGCCAAUACUAUAUUCUGAAAAUGAAAAUGCCGAUGGUGGAGGAGUACGUGCAUCAAUCGCGAUAAAAAAAAGUGCUGAGAUGAGAAGGAGAGAAAAAAGUAAACACAAGACCCACACACACACACCCACACACCCACACAUACAAAAGAAACAAGAAAAAACAACACAAUUAGCUGAAAGGAUAAGACUUACCCUUAUAAUCUCUGAUGUGUAGCCGUGGGACGAAUAUGAAACGAAAUGGCGUGAAAUAAAUUCAUUAUAUUUUAAAUUGAA